AUGUCCAAUAAUUCUCCCAGUUGUCAAAGCCAAGAAAGUACAAAAAGCAAUUCAAAAAAUUCUAUCGAACAAAAUGUAAAUUUGGAUACUUUACAAAAGUCUGCAUCGAAUGUAUUUCACAUACAUUGUACCUCUAUACAAGAAUUUAGCGAAGGUGGUUUUCAUAAAGUGUACAUCUUAAAGAUGGAAGAUGGUAAAGAAUAUAUUGGAAGAAUUCCAAAAUAUGAAGAAUUAUAUAAAUUAGUUCCUAAAUAUUUUCCAAAUGAAAGCAAAACCACAUUUGUAUUGAUGCAUGGAGACUUUCACUCAUCAAAUAUUUUAGUCAAUGAUGACGAAAUCCUAGAGAAAUUUUUUCGUGAUGAAAUAUCUCGUCGUAAUCCUGAUUUUAUUCGCAUAUUUGACAAUAUAAAUUUAGAUGAGGAAAAAAAAGAAUUUUAUUUCACAGUAUUUAGUCAAGAA